AUGGACGCGGCGGCGGCGGCGGCGUACUGCGAGCAGAACAGCGUCGCCCUCACCGGCCGCGGCGCCGACGCCUUUCGCCCGCUCGCCGGCUUUGCCGACUCGGGCUUUGGGGCGGACGCGCUCGCGGCGGUCGCAAAGUUCGAGCGGCCGACGCCUAUUCAGGCGGUGUGCUGGCCCGUGAUCGCCGCAGGCCGCGACGUGGUCGGCGUCGCCGAGACGGGGUCCGGAAAGACGCUCGCCUUCUUCCUCCCUGCGGUCAGCCUGCUGCAGGCGGCGGCGGGCAAGGCUGGCGGCGGCGGCGCGCCCUCCGUGCGGAUGCUGUGUCUUGAACCGACGCGCGAGCUCGCCAUGCAGACGGAGGAGGUGUGCGCCGCCGCGGGCAAGGCGUGCGGCAUCGCCUCGGUGUGCAUCUACGGCGGCGUGCCAAAGGGCCCGCAGACCGGCGCGCUCAAGCGGGGUGCGCAGGUGGUGAUCGCCACGCCCGGCCGGCUGCUCGACCUGUACCAGAACGACGGAGCGGUCGACCUGUCUCGGCUCGAGUGUGAGCAGGCGGACCGGAUGCUCGACAUGGGCUUCGAGAAGGACGUCCGCACCAUCAUCGGCGCCACGCCAGCCUCCCGCCGCACCGUCAUGUUCACCGCCACCUGGCCAGAGGCGGUGAGCACACAAAGCUGCAAAGCCCCCCCAAACCCCCCCGCCUGCAGCGGCAGCACCGCGCACACACGGCCGAGGAUGAGUCUGCAAAUCCCCCCCUGCCUAAAAAUAACCUACCUCGCGCGCACACCAGCCUGCCUCACUUCGCCCCGCCGCUCCACGCCACCGCAGUCGAUGCUCCGCUCCGCCGGCCUCCAGUGCGUCUGCAUCCAGGGCGACAUGUCCCAGGCGGCGCGCACCGCCUCGCUCGAGCAGUUCAAGAGUGGCAAGGUGCCGCUGCUCGUCGCGACCGACGUGGCGGCGCGCGGGCUUGACAUCCCUCUGGUGGAGGUGGUCAUCAACUACACCUUCCCACUCACCAUCGAGGACUACGUCCACCGCAUCGGCCGCACCGGCCGCGGCGGACGCACCGGCCACGCGCACACCUUCUUCACCUCCUUUGACAAGGCGCACGCCGGCGCGCUGCAAAACAUAUUGCGCGAGGCGUCACAGCCGGUGCCCGACGCCCUCACCAAGUUCGGCUCGACGGUAAAGAAGAAGGAGCACAAGCUAUACGGCGCCUUUGGGCCAAAGGAGGGCCAGCCGAUGAAGGCGGCCACGAAGAUUGUCUUUGGCGACGACGAUUGA